AUGACCUCUCGUUAUGACAAUCGACUUCGAAUUUUCAUUUCGUUUCGUAGGGAACAUUUUCAUUGUCUCGAUUGCAGUUCGAGAGUUUUCGUUAAAAAAGAAGAAAUGAUACGUCAUUUUAAAUGGCACAAAAAAAGAGACGAAAGUCUUCAACAUGGAUUUCUUAGGUAUUCCCCGAUGGAUGACUGCAGCGAAAAGUACAAAAAUUGUCAACAUAAUCGAAAGCAAACACACUACCAUUGCGUGCACGAAAGUUGCGAUAAAACGUACAUAAGCACGUCGGACGUACAAAUGCAUGCGAAUUACCAUCGUAAAGAUUCCGCCAUAAUACAAGAAGGUUUUCAAAGGUACAGAGCGACGGAAGAAUGUCGGACUUCUUAUUGUGCUUUCUUCGGUCAGAGAACGACUCAUUUUCACUGCAGGCGAGAUAAUUGUCAAUACACUUUUAAAAAUAAAGCCGACAUGGAAAAACACAAGACUUAUCAUAUAAAAGAUGAACAACUCGCACGUGACGGUUUUAAAAAAUUUAUGAAAAACGAAAUUUGCGGAUAUGAUAAUUGUAGAUUUUCUCGCAUCAACAAUCACAUACACUGCAUAAGAACGAAUUGUAAUUACGUUCUUCAUAGUUCUGGACAAUUGCUCAGUCACAAGAGAAAACACGAACGUAAAGAUUCCGAAUUGGCGUAUAGAAAAUUUAAAUUAUCACAAUCCAUGAUGAAAAGUUUACAAGAUGGCGUUCCAAUAAGUUUCGAACAGUUGGAAGCGGCCACGUUGGAUUUAUCACAAAUGAGUAACGGAGAAUGUUCGUCGGAUGGCGGUGGUGGUGGUCCAGCAUCUCCUCCGAUUCUUCCAUCGAAUUUCACGCGGUUUGGAAUGCCGGGAAAUUACGAUUCCGUCCAACAAUCUCCGUACGCUAUCGGAUCGUCAAAUUUUCAAGCAUUGCAAAAAUUACAAUUGGAAAAUUUACAAAAAAUACAAGAGAUGGAAAAUUCCGAGGGUUUCGAUAAAAAACCAUCGACGGAUUUUGAAUUUUUCACAAAUUCGAUGGAACUCGCGGAAAGAUACCCGGAAGUGUUGCUCAAAGCACCGGAAAUUGUUCAAAAAUUUCCGGAAUUGUUUAAGAAAAUCCCGCAAGAAUUUCUUAACAAAAAUCCCGACGUUAUUAAAUUGUUGAGCGUGGCGGCGGCGGCGGCCGCAGCUGCCACGGCUGCCGGUAAAAACAACAACAACAAUAACAACAAUAAUAAUAAUAAUAACGAAAACGUCGGCGGCGGCGGCGGUGGUGCCACCGACGGUGGAAAUUCACCGACGGAUAGCGUAGACAACGAUAGCAUCGCACCGAUCGAUUUGUCCAAUGAUAAAAACACCGGAAGUAAAACGAUUAAUUACGCCGGAAGUUUAUCACUCGAACAAGACUACGAAAAAUAUUUGGCGGAAAAAACUUCGCUCGCCGCCAUCGGAAUAAACGAUGAGAUUUGGUGCAAAUACCUAAAACCUUUUGCCGCGAACGAAAUUUGCAUAGAUGGUAGCAUGUGCGAAGAUGCUGCAAAGGAUCAUUUUCAUUGCGUGGCAGAAGGAUGUAACGUUAUUUUCCGUACGAAAGAUGGCGUGAGAGAACACGCAAGAAAUCAUAGCCAACAAGACAAAGUGACUGAAUUAAAUUUUAUAACCGUUAAUGAUAGCAUGUGCCAUUUUGAUUCCGAAUGCCACCAAACUUCGAGGCAUUAUCACUGCCUAUGGGAUGGUUGUAAGGAAACGAUUCUUCACACGGAUAAACCUUUUCAAAGGUUAGACCAUUAUAAAAAUCACGAAUUCACGAGGAGAGCAUCCGUUUUGGGUGCGAAUUUAUCAAACACACAUUUGGCAAAUAGUUUGGAUGCAAUGUUUAGAAGAAAAAGAGGACGUCCGCCUAAAAAUCGAAUCAUAGAAGUGUGGAACGACAACGCGAAUCAAAAUGGCCCACCGGGAUCUUCGAACGAUUCACCCCAAGCUAUUUUCACAUCUUUUAAACUUCCCAAACCGUCGCCAUCUUCUUCUAGAAAAGAAAGUAACACGUCGCAAACGAGUGAAAAUAUGGUGGAUUUAACAAACGAAUCCCCGUCUAGUCCGACGAUGAACGAAGAUAAUUCGAGAGAAUCGAGUCCGGCGCAAUUGGAUGCUUCGUCGUAUGGAUUUUAUAGUUUUGAAGAUGGUUGUUGUCCAGAAUCGAAUUGCAGGUUUGCCAAACUUCACUAUCAUUGCAGUCAACCUCGUUGUUUUUUUUCAACCGACAACAAUCAUUUGGUCGUCAUUCAUUCCAAAGAAUUUCACGAGAGUUUUGAAAUCCUCGACGGUUUCGUCUUCUACGACAGAAACAUCGAUUGUCAAUUUUCCAAUUGCAUCAACAAUAAGAUCAACAGACAUUUUCAUUGCACUCGUACGAAUUGUGGAUUUUCAUUCGUCCGUUACUCGACAAUGGCGAUCCACGAUGCGAAUCAUAAUAAUAAUCAAGACGCGGAAGGGAUUUUGAACAACGCGAAAGAAUUUGAAAACGAAAGAGCGUCACCGAGUCCUCCGAGCGGAGAUGACGACAUCAACAAACUGGAAACUAAUUCUCCAGAAUUGAUUUCAUCUCCUGCUAAAACGACAGUUAAAGCAUCUGGAACUUUUUACCCGCUUUCGGCAUUUCAAGACAACGGAAACGAACAAAAAGUAAAAGGAUUCGGGAUGGUUAAACCGAGGAGUAGCAGUUCUCUAUCCGGAAGAUCGAUUUCUCCAGUUAAAUCAUUUGUAAAAGAACAAAACAGUCCGGAAAAUCUUUCGAAUCGUAAAUCCGAGGAUUUAAGUCCGGAUUUUUCCAAACAACAACAUCAAAAACCGGAAACUGGUAAAAUACAACCGGUCAAUUCAGACGUCGACAAUCACAACAAUCCUUUGACGAAAUUGAUAAAAUUACAAAACGAAUCAUCGAGAGCGACCCGCGAAUACGACAGGUACAAAGGUCAUAAAGACAAAGAAUCCAAAGAUGGUAACGUCAAAGAAUUUCUACCGGAAUGGAUGUCGCUGGAUAAACACGUUAAAUACGGACCCAACGAAACAUGUUCUCGUCCUUUUUGCAAGCUAAAAAGAAAAGAACAUUUUCAUUGCAACGCUUGCAAUCAGGCUUUUUCGGAAGUUGAAAGACUUCGUCCUCACAUAGCCAAACACAGUAACGGAGCAAUGAGUCCCGUAUCUGGAAAUUUAAAAAAGGAACCGGAAGAUAAUAAUAAUGACGAAAUAACUGAAGAAUCGAGUCAAUCUAUUCCGCCUACGUCAGGAGGAGGAGGAGGAGGGUCAUUAACGGUACCACCCGGUUGCGACGUGGAUGCUUCGCCGACUCAAAUUUCUCCAUUCGGUCAUCCCUUUCCUCCAGGAUUUCCACUUCCUCCGGGUUUAAAUGCUGCUUUUGCUCAACAGUUAAACAUGAUACAAUCUCAGGGUAUCUCAUUCCUACAACCGGGUUCUUUAUACUCAGGUCCAGCCGGUUUGAUGUUCGGAUCUCCCGGUUUACAUCCUCAUCUUCCUUUAGCCAACGGACUUCAUCCUUCAAUGUUGGACGUGGAACAAGCUCAAGCAAUGCAUCAGCACUUGUCGAAUCUCACUUUGGCUCCCAAUUUAAACAAAAGGUCUCAUUCUCCGUCGCCUUUAACUCCGAUGGGAGAUUUAAGUCAGGAAGCUAAAAAAGCAAGAGUACAAAAUUCAAUGAGAAUUUUAAAAGACGAACCCGUACCGGAAGGUUACCUCAGAUAUCGAUUCAACGAAGAUUGUAAAUACCAACAUUGCGGUUAUAGAGAACACCAAACUCAUUUUCACUGCAUGCGUAAAGAUUGCGGGUAUUCAUUUUGCGACAAAACCCGUUUCGUACAACACACGGCUCGUCACGAACGUUUGGACACACUAAUGGGUGGUGAUUUUCAACAGUAUCGAGCAAACGUAUCCUGUUCAAGACCCGAUUGCAUUUAUGCCACGGCAUUAGGUUCAGUACAAAACAAAGCAUCACAUUUCCAUUGCAUAAAAUGCGAAUUCGUUUGCACGGACACGAACAAAGUCGUCGCUCACAGGAGACAACAUCAAAAAUUGGAUUCGAUAAACGCGGCCGGAUUUGAAAAAUUCACACCGAGUCAAAUGUGCACGACAGACGGUUGUUCUCAUUCCGGAAAACAAACUCAUUAUCAUUGUUUAAGUUGUCAAUAUGCCGUUUUGGGUCUUAGUCAAAUGGGAGGCAAAUGA